UUGGUUAUGUUUCCACAACAAUUUCUAUUAUUUUGUCUUGGCCCUAUCCAGAUGACGUCCGCUGCCAAGGUAUAUUACAGUCAGACUACUCAGACAGAAAGCCGGCCCCUGGUGGGUCCAGGGAUCCGGCGGCGGAGAGUUCUGACAAAAGAUGGCCGCAGCAACGUGAGAAUGGAGCACAUCGCGGACAAGCGCUUCCUCUACCUCAAGGACUUAUGGACAACCUUCAUCGACAUGCAGUGGCGCUACAAGCUUCUGCUCUUCUCCGCGACCUUUGCGGGCACCUGGUUCCUAUUUGGUGUGGUGUGGUACCUGGUAGCUGUGGCACACGGGGACCUGCUGGAGUUGGGGCCCCCAGCCAACCACACCCCUUGUGUGGUACAAGUGCACACGCUCACGGGAGCGUUCCUCUUUUCCCUCGAAUCCCAGACCACUAUUGGCUAUGGCUUCCGCUACAUCAGUGAGGAGUGCCCCCUGGCCAUCGUGCUUCUUAUUGCACAGCUGGUGCUCACCACCAUCCUGGAAAUCUUUAUCACAGGUACCUUCCUGGCGAAGAUUGCCCGGCCCAAGAAGCGGGCCGAGACCAUCCGUUUCAGCCAGCAUGCAGUUGUGGCCUCCCACAAUGGGAAGCCCUGCCUUAUGAUCCGAGUUGCCAAUAUGCGUAAGAGCCUCCUCAUUGGCUGCCAGGUGACAGGCAAACUGCUUCAGACCCACCAGACCAAGGAAGGUGAGAACAUCCGACUGAACCAGGUCAACGUGGCUUUCCAAGUAGACACGGCCUCUGACAGUCCCUUCCUCAUCCUGCCGCUUACCUUCUACCACGUGGUGGAUGAGACCAGUCCGUUGAAAGACCUCCCCCUCCGCAGUGGUGAGGGUGACUUUGAGCUGGUGCUGAUCCUAAGUGGGACGGUGGAGUCCACCAGUGCCACCUGCCAAGUGCGCACUUCUUACUUGCCGGAGGAGAUCCUUUGGGGCUAUGAGUUCACGCCUGCCAUCUCACUGUCAGCCAGCGGCAAAUACAUAGCUGAUUUUAGCCUUUUUGACCAAGUUGUGAAGGUGGCUCCCCCUAGUGGCCCGUACGAUAGCACUGUCCGCUACGGAGACCCAGAGAAGCUCAAGCUGGAAGAAUCCUUAAGGGAGCAAGCCGAGAAAGAGAGCAGUGCCCUUAGCGUGCGCAUCAGCAACGUCUGAUGGCCUGUUCCCACAGCCCCAUCCCUCUGGCUCCCUUCCUCCUGUUCCGUGCCCUGGUAAGGGCACUACCUGGGCUCCCUGGAGAGCUCCAGCAGCACCCAUUCUCCACUCCCUCUUCUUUAACCGGGUGGCCUGUCAGUCUAGGCCCACUGGUGUCUGUUUUCCUCCCACUGUCCCCCAUUCACUUCUCCCUGCUUGUACACCAAUGCACACAACUGCCUUAAUCCAGGAUCGGGGAAGGAGAGGGAAGAUAAGCCUGUCUG